UUUCCCGUGUUACCCUUUCACUCUUGGGAUUCUUUCCCUUCUUCCCACAAACCCCACUUUCCUUCUAUUGUUUCUAGAUCACACACAGACAAACACAUAAUAGCCAAGGGAAAGAGUCUCAAAUCCCACUUUUUUUAAAUUCCUUCCUUCUCAUAGGUUUUUUUUUUUUUUUUUCCCUCAGCUACCUUGAAAGCAUGGAAAGGAACCAAUGGAGUUCAUUAUAGCUUAGCUCGCUUUUAGAACUUCAAGUCUUCAACAUCUUUAACUGAAACUAUAACACACCAGUUGCUGGGUGAGUUUCAGUUAAAAAAAUUCGAUAUAUACAAUUUUAUGUCUUAUGAUUAGUCUAUCAAUAUGUACUUUUUGUAUGUUACUUCAGUCUGAAAUGAUUCGUUCACCAGAUAUAUAUAAUAAAGAUUUGUAAAUCCUGUACGAUACAUGUUUGUAUUAUUGCCUCUUUGGAAUCUGAGUGCCUAAAGCUGCAAGCUCGUUAGGGGAACUUUUGUUGUCCUAUUAUUAUUAUUAUAGUGUCAAAAUGUGACUACGAUUUAUGUUGGGUUGAAUUUGAGACUUGAAAUUGCAUAUAUUUAUUUAUGGGUGGGGCUUUGUGAUCUGUGUGGGAAUUGGGGGGUGUGUCAGAUCAAAGCAUGCACCAAAAUUGGAUUUUUGAGCACACCCAUUUGAAGAUGGCAUGGAUUCACCACCAUAUUCAACAAAAAGAUGGUUACUUGAGCUACUACUACCCUCCACCACCACCACUACCACCACUAUUACCGCCACCAUAUUUGUCCACACCUUCAACAUCUUCUUCAGCUUCAUCUUCAUCUUCAUCUUCAUCACCAUCUUCUGGUACUAGGAUUAGUCCUGCUGUUCUUUUCAUCAUAGUAAUUCUUGCAGUUUUAUUCUUCAUCUCUGGUGUCCUCCAUCUGCUUGUUAGAUUUCUCAUGAAGCACCCUUCUUCAUCUGCAUCUGCUCAAUCUAAUAGAAACCAUGAGAUUUCAACCUCUGAUGCACUACAAAGACAAUUACAGCAGCUUUUCCAUCUGCAUGAUUCUGGUUUGGAUCAGGCCUUCAUCGACGCUCUUCCGGUUUUUCAGUAUAAGGAGAUUGUGGGGCUGAAGGAACCAUUUGAUUGUGCUGUUUGUCUGUGUGAGUUUUCUGAGAAGGAUAACCUCAGGUUGUUGCCUAUGUGCAGCCACGCCUUUCACAUAAGUUGUAUAGACACAUGGCUUCUUUCGAAUUCCACUUGCCCUCUUUGUAGAGGGACACUCCUUACUCCGGGGUUUUCGAUGGAGAAUCCAAUGUUUGAUUUUGAUGAUAUGAGGGAAGAUGAAGGGUGGCCUUGUGAUGGUGAAAAUGGAUUUACAAAUAGGCAGAAGAAAGCUGUAGUUGAAGAAAUCAAUGAUGAGAAAAGGGGAAUUUUCCCCGUAAGGCUCGGUAAAUUCCGGAAGAUGGAUGUGGAGUCUGGUGAGGAGGGUGUAGUAGUAGGAGAGACAAGUAGCAGUAAUUUGGAUGCAAGAAGGUGUUUUUCAAUGGGAUCUUAUCAGUAUGUUGUGGCCAAUUCAGAACUCAGGAUAGCCUUGAAUCAUGACCGGAGUGAUCACAAAUUGAGGCUUGCUGCUGAAGGAAAACAACAUUCUGAGAAGGCUGCAUUGGAAGGGGAUAUGGAUGCAAAGAAUAUUAGGAGUGUGAGUAAAGGUGAGAGCUUUUCAGUGUCCAAAAUCUGGUUGUGGCCAAAGAAGGGAAAGUUUUCAAGUUCUUCCGAGGCUCAUAUUGGCAUGCCUUCUUAUCUUAAUUCAGACAUGCCUAGGAUGAGGGAAGCAGAAGCAGCAUGAAAGGCUGGGCACUUGGGGGUAUUGGUGGUGGGAUCCAUGAAAGCUGUAUAGUAGAAUCCAUCAACCUUGAUUCAAAAAAUUGGCUGUAGAUGCAGUGAUGUGGGGUCACUUUGCAACUCCCAUGUGUCCAUGCUGAUAUCAUAACGCACUUUACCUUUUUUAUUUCCUUAAUGAUGAUGAUAAUGAUAAUAAUGACAAUCAAUUAGGUCCAAAAGGGCUAGAAUUAAAUAAGGUUAGAGGGGUAUUAGUGAGAAAUCCUUGUACGUAUUAGGGAGAAAUACUUAUAUGUUUCUGGAGCUUACUUGGUAUGUUCUUCAACAUUUAUAACUACUUAGUUUUAUGAAUUCAAUUAGUAUAUACUGCUGAGAGUUUAAUUUUGAUGUAUUGACACUGUAAAACAUUUUAUACAGUCGUCCAAUUGCAUCUAUCUUUUGGAUGAUCAUUUAUGUGAUAAAUGUUAAAUGUAGUUAUUUUUGCUGACAUGGUGUUACGUAAUUUGAUACGCGUGUAAAACUGCUUUAUACUGAAUUACUGACUGUGUAUCAAAAUUAAAUUUUAUUUAAAAAUUAUAGAAAAUUAAAAAAUAAAUGAUUGUAAAUGCUCCAUAAUUUUUUUUCAAGAACAUACAAGUAUAUCUAGAGUAUUAGGGUCACAAAGAAAUUGAUAUUGUAAGUGCAUUUUUUGAGAAUAUCAUAUACAAACCAACAGAGCUGCGUAGUGUACGUAGACCCAUUCAUAUGAUAGACUAUCAAGUAUCAACCAUCCAAUAGUAGCACUGGUAUUGUAUUUAUUCUUUUGGUGCACAAUGUGUGUGUCUUAAUGUUUUUUUGAGAAUCUUGGUAUGUAGAUCUGCUUGCCAGGUUUGAUUCUACUGACAAAAGUGUAUAGUUGAUUGAAGAAACCAGUUAUGUACAAAAGUGGUGCAUGUCUUGUUCUUAUUUUUUAGUCCUUGACUCUCUAGUCUCUAGUUAUGCCUAGCAAUAGUUUAGUCAUUAUAGUAAGUCAGGACCAUUGUGUAGAAAAAACUGGGGGAAUGAAUAAAAUUAAAUAUUAAAGAGAGAAGUGGAUUUGUCUAUGGUGGAG